AUGGAGAAAGACUUAGCUUUUGGAAUUCCGAAGUUGACUGGAACUAAUUAUCAUCUUUGGGCCAUGAAAAUGGAAGCAGUUUUGAACCUCAAGAAACUAAUGUCGGCAGUGACAGAGGAAGCUCCAACUGACCCUGGUAAAUUGCAAGUAUGGGAAGCUACAAACCAAGAUGCCGUAUCAUACUUGAAAUUGUCUCUAUCAGACGAACAGGCUUUGCAAUAUGCAGAAGAAAAGAAUGCAAAAGCUUUGUGGACAAGAAUUAAAACUACCUACACUGGGCUUGAGGAAGAUAGAAAGAUUGAUGCGGGUGCCGAACUUAAGAGCUUAGAAAUGCUGGAUUCAGAAGCCGUAAACGAUUAUAUAGCUCGAGCUAAAGGAUUAUCGACUAAGUGUGCUUCCUUGGGACUGAAAAUAUCUGACAGAGAAUUAGUGUUCUACACGGUCAGAGGUCUAGCUGGAAAAUAUGAGCGCAUAAAACAAGUUUUAAAAACGCAACGAGAAAAGUCGAUAGAAGAAAUACUUGAAGUCUUAAGGGAAGAAGAAAAAGAUUUACUACAGAAAUCCCGUGGACAUAGAAAUUUGGAAUCCGCAUAUGCUACUCAGAAGAAGAGUUUACCUAGAAAAAUCUGCUACCACUGUUGUUUGGUUGAUUCAGAUGUGUAG